GACAUGUCAAAAAUCAAUUUGCAGAGGGCGCUGUAAAUCGCUCGGCCACGUAAGUCAGGGUCGUAUUUUUCUUGACUUUAUUGCUUUAAUUACGUUGUUUUAUGCUCCCUUUUAAUAUGUGAAAACAGUGCAAUAGUGUAAAAGUGUGUGUACAGUAUCCUGUCUAAAUAUUCCGUUCCGAUCGCGAUUGAGGAACAAUGUCCAAUUUACCACCAAAUCCGUAUAGCAACUUACCCGGGGCUCCGCCGACGAACGCCAACAUGGGGCCACAGCCACAGCUGUUCAAUCAGAUCCCUCCUCUCAGCCAGCUGCCUCCCGGCUAUGGACAAAAACAGGACACAAACUCAAACACUCCACAACAUCUGCCGACGUCGAUGCCCCAGAACCACUUCGCCGGACAACCUCCAAAUGUGAAUCAUUUCAAUCAAAGUGGAAGCAAUUCACCUGCAUUCAACAAUUCAGGAAUGAUGCCAUCUGUGCAAACUAGUUUAGGCUCAUCGCCAAUAAGACCACCAUUAAAGCCGGUGACUCCAACUGGGUACCAGAAUUCUCAGCAAGUUCCUGUCUCGUCAGCCAGCCCACAAACAGUGUCUAAUGCAAAUCCUUCCCCUAAUCCAUAUCCUCCUAACAUUCCACCUCAACAAAGACAGAUAAACGACAAUGCACCUCCACUCAUUGCCUCUAGUCAGUUCCAACCUGUCAUGAAUGGUCCCGGUCCACAGCCACCAAGCCAGUACCCAGUGUUUUCAAGUGCACCACAAACAGUGUUACCACCUAAUGUGAACAGUGCCUACAGACCUAUACUUGGACCACAAAUUCCAAAAGGAACGGGCUCUCCACUACCACCUGGACCUCAAGGACCAGCCAGUCAGGCUAACAUACCAUUUUCUGGGCCUCUGCAACCAGGGCAGAUGAGAAGCAGCCCAUUAAUAUCUAGUCCCCCCUUGAGUGGUCCACCAACAAGUGCUCCAAUCACAAAUGCACCUUCAGCGGCAACAUCAAAUAUGCCUUUAGGAGUGAAUGGGCCAUCAAGCCAACCAGGGAGACAACCACAAGGUCCACCUAUAUCUGUGCCUAAUCUGGGGCCACCAAUGGCCCGCCCACCAAAUGGCCCACCUUCUACAGGUGGAUCAGUUCAUCCACCUGUUAGUGGUUCUCUUGGACCAGGCAUGCCACCAAAACAGAUGUUCCCAGGUCCUAAUUUGAAUGGACCCUCAGGACCAACACAACCUGCAAGACCACCUGGUUCUUUCCCUCCAGGUUCAUUCCCAGCUCCUAAUCAACCACCAAUGCAAGGUCCUCCUUCAGGACCCCAAAGCUUACCACCUACCAGUCUCCAAAGUUUACCGCCUACAAGUCUACAUCAGUCUGGUGUGCCUAAAAUGCCGCUUGGACCACCAGGACCUUUAAACAUGCAGUCUGGACCAACUAGCAUGCCUCCUGGUCCUUACAAUAUGCAACCGGGGCCCCCUAAUAUGCCUUUAGGGCCUUCCAGCAUGCAAUCUGGGCCUCUGGGACCGCCAAAUGUUCAACCUGGGCAUCAUAACAUACCUCCAGGACCAAACAUGCAAACAAGACCUGGCAUGCCUUCCGGGCCAAUACAAUCAGGACCAAACAUGCCACCUGGAAUGCCGCCUAUGCCUGUACCUCAAAGCACACCUGGAGUCCCAGCAGGGCCACCUAAGAGCAACAUGCAGAACAGAUAUCCACAAAUGCCUCAGAGCAACUUAAACAACCAGCCAAUGAUGCCUCCGCAACCUACUAUGGCUCAACCUGGUAUGAACAGACAGUAUGCCCAACCGCAAUACAACGCUCAGCAGUAUAAUACCCAGGGUAUAGCACAACAGAUGGGUCAGUUGAGCGUCACGAAGCAAGGCUUUGACCAGCUCUGGGGUCACCAGAUGAUAGACUUGCUGCAGUGUACAAACAUCUUGCCGGAAUACCCGGAGGAACCACCUGAGAUACGGCUCGGCCACCAAUUUGCAGAGUCAUCUAACUGCAGUCCAGAGAUCUUUCGGUGUACGAUCAACCGUAUACCCGAGACGAACAGCCUGCUGCAGAAGUCGCGCUUGCCCCUAGGAAUACUAAUCCAUCCAUUCAAGGAUCUCAAUCACCUCCCGGUGAUACAAUGCUCGACGAUAGUGCGGUGCCGCGCGUGCCGGACGUACAUCAACCCGUUCGUGUACUUCGUGGACGCGAAGCGAUGGAAGUGCAACCUCUGCUACCGGGUCAACGACUUACCCGAAGAGUUUCAAUACGACCCCGUCAGCAAGUCGUACGGUGACCCGACGCGGCGGCCCGAGAUCAAGUCCGCGACCAUCGAGUUCAUCGCGCCCGGCGAGUACAUGCUGCGCCCGCCGCAGCCCGCCGUCUACCUCUUCCUGUUCGAUGUCUCGCAGAUCGCCAUGGACUCGGGGUACCUGCAAGUAGUAUGCGAGACCCUGAAGAACAAUCUAGACCAGUUACCCGGCGACGCUCGCACGCAGGUGGGCUUCAUCUGCUACGACUCGCACGUGCACUACUACCUCAUGAGCGAGGGGCUCACGAGGCCUAAGGAGAUGACUGUGCUGGAUAUUGACGACAUAUUCCUGCCGUCUCCCGAGUCGCUACUAGUGAAUCUUGGCGAGCGGAAAGAGCUAGUGAAGGAGUUGCUGGCCGUGCUGGGCGCGCGGCGCAGCGCCGGUGCCGCCGGGCCGUCCGCGCUCGGCGCCGCGCUGCAGGCCGGGUACAAGCUCAUGGCACCAACAGGAGGUCGCAUCACAGUGUUCCAGACAUGUUUACCGACCAUCGGACCCGGACGGUUAGAAUCAAGGGAAGACCCCAACGCACGGUCAUCGAAAGACGUGGCGCACUUAAAGCCGGCUACGGACUUUUACAAACGCAUCGCGUUGGACUGCAGCGGCGCGCAGGUCGCCGUGGAUCUGUUCUUGCUUAGUUCGCAAUACAGCGAUUUGGCGACAUUAAGUGGCAUGAGCAAGUUUAGCGGCGGCACGGUGUACCACAUCCCGCUGUUCAAGGCGAGCCGCUCGUGGCAGGCCGCCACGCUCGAGCGCAUGCUCACCAGAUACCUCACGAGGAAGGUCGGCUUCGAGGCAGUUAUGCGGGUGCGCUGCACGAGGGGUAUAUCCAUCCACACGUUCCACGGCAACUUCUUCGUCCGCUCCACGGACCUGCUGUCGCUACCCAACGUGUCGCCGGACGCAGGCUUCGGCAUGCAGCUCGCUAUAGAGGAGUCGCUGUCCGAUCUGCAGCAAGUCUGCUUCCAGGCGGCGCUGCUGUAUACUAGCAGUAAAGGUGAAAGAAGGAUACGGGUGCACACGCUGGCGCUGCCCAUAGCCAACACGCUCACGGACGUGCUGCACUCCGCGGACCAGAUGUGCAUCAUAGGACUACUUAGCAAAAUGGCCGUAGACCGAUGUGUAGACGCGUCCAUGUCGGAAGCUCGGGAAGCGUUAAUAAACGUAGCCAUCGACGCUCUGUCCGCGCACCGGCUGUCGCAGAACCUGCCAGCCGGCGGCGCGAGCUCGGCGCUGCACGCGCCCGCCUCGCUGCGUCUGCUGCCGCUACUGCUGCUGGCCUUGCUGAAGAGGAAAGCGUUCCGAACGGGCACGUCGACGCGCCUAGACGAUCGCGUGGCCGACAUGUGCGACAUCAAGUCCCUGCCACUACCACAACUAAUACGCGCCGCGUAUCCCCCUCUCUAUCCUAUACACGAGCUGUGCAAUAUGAGGGAAGAGGACCCCAUGCUGCCGCAGCUCAUGCUCAGUGCGCAGAGGAUAAACGCAAACGGCUGCUAUCUCCUCGACGACUUAGACACGAUGAUCAUCUACGUGUGCCACGGCGUCUCCCCCGCCUACCUGUCAGAGACCUUCGGCGUGGCCGCCUUCAGCCAGUUACCUGACGAAGCCAGAAGUCUACCUGCUAUAGAGACGGACGCGAAUGAAGCGCUACACGCGUUCAUUGAAAAACUUAAUGAAGACCGGCCUUAUGAGUCCGGGAUACUUGUUUUAAGAGACAACUCGCCCUCGCGGCAACAGUUCAUCGAGCGGCUCGUCGACGACCGCAUGGAGUCCUCCUUCUCAUACUUCGAGUUCUUGCAGCACGUCAAGCAGCAGGUCAAAUGAUAACGUC